AUGGCGGAGAUAGUUUUCAGCGGUGUCACCAACGACGCCGAUGUGCAGGGAACACUCUUUCAAGGCAUCAAGUUCUGGAUCUCGCACAAAGUCCCGCAGAGAUCAAGGUUCCUGAGUGAUGUCAAAGCCAAUGGCGGUGACAUUCUUCCUCUGGAAAAGCAUGCGGACGUCAAGAUUGUGGAUCAUGCAAGGAAGGAAGCUCCGCCAGGAUCACACUCAUAUACCUUCAUCGAGAAAUCAAUACGCAAUGGCGUUCUAGAGGAUCUUGAUGAUCACAAGGUUGGGCCACCUGAAGGAAAUAUCAGGAGCAUUGGGUCCAUUGUGCAACCUCCGAAGGGGACGCGCAACAAAUACACGGAAGCAGAUGACCGUAUACUUUGGAAUUGGGUCAAUGAUCAUCCUCAACAGGGGGGUGGUACAGAUGGCAAUGAAAUCUACAAGCAGCUCGAGAAAAAGCAUCCACAGCAUCCAUGGCAAUCUUGGAGAGAUCGGUGGAUAAGGCAUCUUAAAGGGAGAACGGCUCCGUUUGCACUUCCUCACAAUGCUCCACCAACACCACCUUUUGACAUUCGCCAAACAACCGAGUCCUCAAAGAAUUGGGCAAUUAGAUCGGAUACCGCCACUGACAAUUACCGGUCGUUCUCGGAUGAUGAUGCCGAAGAUUUGAUGGUCGACGGCGAUGACAUUCUGAAAAUACACCCAGACAACAUCAAUGAGGCCUGGGAGAGCUGGACUCGAGACCACGAUAUCCCUAUUUCACCCCAGAGAACGGUGGCCACUCCUCCAUCGGCUUUCUCGUCUUUCAAGAGAGACUACUCGCUCAUGCCAGAGCUCCCCCAGAAGACGAUUUCCAAAUUUCAGAACCCAACCUCACCUAAGAGGUCCAGGGCUGCUCUGCCAUCCACUCUCUCGCCCGUUUCCAAGUCAUACCAAUCGCUCAUUGCCGAGCCCCUCAACAAAACAGUUCCCUUUGAAGUUCGGAACCCUGUCUCACCCAAGAGAUCCAUGGUCGUCGCCCCCUCAUACGGAUUCUCGCCUUCUGUUGAGAGAGACUAUUCGCUCAACCCGGCGGCCAGAAGCCCAUCUUACCACCCUGAGUCACCUACGGUGACAGCCACGGCUCCAUCAAUGAUUCAACAAGCAAAAGACAUCCUCAGCAUGCAUUUGCCAAGCUUGCCGUCCAACAACGAGUGGCAUGCCCAAAGGACCUCUGAGAAAACCCCCUCGCCAUAUCAUGAGACGCUCAAGAGGAAGCAUAUUGCUGUCGAGGAGGACCUCCCGUCAAGUUCGCCCAUAGGACCAAUUUCUCCGAAGCGUAGGCGGCCAAGUGCGUCAGAGCUGCCCCUGGAAAUUGCGUCAACCCCCGAAAAAAGUCGAGAGCUAGACAUUGAAGGUCCAUUCUCUCCUCUGUUGAUCAAGUUGGAGCUUGAAGAAGAUGAGCCUAGUCUCCCCGAAGGUUUCACCAAAAACGAUAGUCUUCUUGGCCAACAGCUGUCUGACACUCUUUCCGAGCGUGGCCGUGUUGUCAACGAUACACAAGCCGUAUUUGGAGACGCUACCCAGCUGAUCAACUUUGACAUCCCUGCGCCCGAAGGAGGCUGGGACAAUGAUGAGCUCCCAGUCCAAAGUUCUAGCCAGCCCUUGGAUUUUGACGUCUCAUCACCGGAAGACGGCAGGGAAGACAACAAGCACAUUAGCAAAGAAUCUACCCAGCUGGUAGACUUCGAUCUUCUGCCUCCUGAAGGCGGCUGGGCUGAGGAAGAAUCCCAGGUGAAAGAAGAAUUCAAAGCCUCAAACACAGAAAUGUACGACGCUCAGCCUACUCUACCAGACACUCAGGCAAUCCUGCGGAGCAAAUCUCCAGCGCCAGAUUUCUCCAUCCCAGAUCCCGACGGCGGCUGGAACAGCUUGAUAGCCCCAUCAUCGCCGCUCAUGCCCAUCUUCCCACGCGCUGAAAGCGUGUUCUCGCAAACAGACCUCAAAGAUCAAAUGGAUGCCUGGAUCGAUUCUCACGCCAUCAAAGGUAUAUCUGUUGAGCAGGUGGAGUCAGUGCUCAAGAGUACGAGUAUGGACACUACCCUCGCAGACAAGGCUUUACGACAUCUGGCAAAGAAGGGAAUGUUGCCGAAGGAUCGGAGAGGUGUGUGGACGGAAUCAGAUGACGAGGACUUGAAAUCAACGGAUGCGAGGAAAAUCCAGCGAUUACAGGAGAAGCACGGCGCGGACUGCUUGACGGCGAGAUGGGAGUUUCUAGACUUUUACGCAGAGGAGGCAUGA